UUUGAGUGCCGUAAAACCUUACUAAAGCAAACAAAACAUAGUUUUACGUGAAUGAACUGGGUGAUUCUUGUUUAUUUUUUAAAAUUCAGAGCACUUCUCCAACUCCGUGGUCAAACCUGAGGAUGAAAGUUCCAGUGAUCAGCGCGGUAUCGCUGCUGCUGGCGGUUCUCCCGGCCUUUUGUGUUGAAGCAGCGACGAUCCCGAUAACCAUUAAAGAAAAAUGGUACUAUAGGAAAGACAUCGACGUCGUAUGCCUCAAGUGCCACGGAAACACAUACCUCGUGGCACGCUGUGAGGGGAGCAGUGAGCCACGCUCACAUUGCGAGAAGUGCCCAGCACACCAAUACCAGGAGGAAGAGUGGCACCUGAACAGGGACUGCCUGGACAGCUCUACCAGGGUCUUCUCGGACACGCCCUGCCCUGAGAACAUGUACAACGAUGGAGGGGAGUGUCGUCCUUGUCCUGAGAAGUGCCCGGAAGGACAGGUUCGUCGGCGAGGCUCGGCAUGUCGAUCUGACGGCGCUAUCAUGUGCUGUCUGGGCAGCUACAACAAGACAAAUGGCAACGCCAAGUGCUCGUGGCUGGAGGCUGAGAAAGUGGAAGAGCUAACACCCAACCAUAAGAAAGUUGCAGAUACCGAACCGGAGCAACUGGAAAGGAAACCAGGGGGAGAAAUCAGCAAGGAAUUGGGACAGGACGCGGUGGUGGGCCCUAACCCGGUACAUCGACAGGACGCCGAUUUAGCUAGCAAAAUAUUUGUUCCUGUGAUCUUCAUCAUAGCUGUGAUAUUCCUCUUCCUGUUUGCUGGACGGAAAAAGUUCUUCCGCUUUAACUCUUUAAAGGUGUUUCGGACAUUUAACGUCUGGCCGCAGACCAAAGACACAUCUUGAACCAUAAUACACAAAAUCAGAAACACGAAUUUACAUAAUUU